UAUAAGGUGUCUUUGGAUAGCUUUUGAAGUCUAUUUUCAUAUUUGAGUGUCCACAGUUCGAUAGGAGAGAGAAAUCAUCCAAAAAUCGAUCUGGAACGAGCAGAGGUCUGUGAACUCGAGCUGUGAGAGUGCUGAAACUGUUUGGUCGAUAUCUCGAGUUUUACCAAUCCAAUUAAGGCGUGUGAGAUACCAAAAGAAAGCUCUCAAGACGAGGAAUCCGUGAAGGUCUGGUUUGCAUCAAUCGGAGUAGAGGAAGGCUUCCAAAUCGUCCGAACAGAACGCGACCUCACAGGAACGGAUUUACUCUUCUAAGAAACGAGUUAGCCGGAAAACACCCAUUCUAGGGGCUGUUUUCGUACCAACGUUUAGGGGUUGAGCUAGCACCUUGAAGAGGCUGUUUAACACUCAUAUUUGAGCAAGGAAUCAGUUCCAAAUCCACCUUGACCGAAGCUUUGACCAUUGGACCAAGAAGGGAAAGUUUAAAGCUCAAUUGAGGUUGAGGCUAGAGCUUGCAUCCUGUGCUCGUUGAUCGGGCGAUUCCUCGGAGAGAAGACUUGAAAUGGACCGUGGUGGCAGGAUUACUAGGAGAAACCCGACUGGCCGUGUACCAGUGGAGACUGGACUGGGCAGUCGAAGGACCUCUAGAGCAUCUGGAGGAGCUGGCCGUGGAGGCCGAUCACAGACCGUGAGCGACGGUCAUGUGAGCACCGAAAGCGAGAGCUAUUGGUCCUAUGAGGACUCGACCUAUCGGCCGGAAACAGAGCCGGUUGAAACCCCUUAUGAAGGGGAUGACGAUGAUGCAAGUGAUGAGGAGGACAACGGCUACUUAGCGCGGAUUGAGGCAUUACUCCAACAAUAUCACCGUGAGCGUGAAGAGAGGAGGGAACGCCGAAGGCGCCGGGCUGGGCAACCUUCGGGCAUGGCUUCGCGAGGAGGAAGUCAUGGUGCAUCUAGAGUCCAUGUGGAACCACGUGGAGGCCAAAAUGAUGGAGGUCCAACCAUAAGGAUCUCCAAAUACAUCAAAGAAGCAAGAGAUUUGGGGUGCAAACCCUUUGAUGGAGCAGGGGACAUUUCAGUGGCAGCACAAUGGAUCAAGAGGCUAAAUGAAGCAGCCCUUGACAUGCAAAUCGCGCCGAAUCUCAAACUGAGAAUUUCGGUAAGAUUGCUCGAGGGGAUGGCAUCCAAGUGGUGGGAUGGAACCAAGAACAAGUACGGUGAGACCGUCGUUUGGGAGGACUUCCAACGGGAGUUCUUUGCCCAAUACUAUUCUGAUUUCGAGGUGAAUAAGAAGGUGAGGGAAUACACCCUCCUAACCCAAGGGGGUAACAUGUCAGUGAAGGAGCUGGAGUACAAGUUCCGGGAUCUCGCCGACUACAUACCGGAGUAUGCUUGUGACGAGAACCGCAUGGUAAACCACUUUUGGGACGCUCUUGACUUGGAGAUACGUGAUAGGGCAACGCAAUUGCCUAAUAUGACUUUCGCCCAAGUGGUUGACCAAGCGUUGAAAGGGGAGAAACAGUGGGAGGAACGGAAGAAGAGAGACGCCGAGGAGGCGAAAAAGAGAAAAUGGGAGAGUCAUGGCUCCCAAGGUUCCAACAAAAAGGGGAACCAUGGAGGAGGAUCUUUCCGGGCACCACCACCACCGUCUAGGGGGAACCAAGGCCCGAGUGGGCAAGGCUCGAGGUCACAAACCUCGGUGGUGACUCGUUGCAACAAUUGCAAGAAGAACCACUCCGGUAAAUGUCGCGACCCCCCUAGAUGCUUUCAAUGUGGGGAUGCCGGGCAUUUGAAGGCACUUUGCCCACAACUGGGCGGGGCAAGGACAUCGGGACCAAGUAAUGGCCCGACGGGUACACGGAAUCAACCCGGGGCUUCUCAAGCAAGCCGGGGACAUGGGGGAGCAAGCACGAGUAACGCGCCAUCCGUGAACCAAGGAAGGACCCAGGCUAGGGUCUACGCAAUGACGGAGGCGGAUGCUCAAGCUAACCCGGAUUCCGUUGCAGAUAUUUUGGAUCCCAAAUUAAUUGGGAUCAAUGGGGAACCACUCCACAUGAUAUUAGUACCUGCAAGACAAGGAAAAUAUGUGAGAAGACUCACCUUGGCCGCACCGCAUGGAGAAGCACUGCCCAUGACACAAUUGGAAUCAAAUUUUGGGGCCACCACCACUGUUUUCGCACAAACAGUUCGAUAGGAGAGAGAAAUCAUCCAAAAAUCGAUCUGGAACGAGCAGAGGUCUGUGAACUCGAGCUGUGAGAGUGCUGAAACUGUUUGGUCGAUAUCUCGAGUUUUACCAAUCCAAUUAAGGCGUGUGAGAUACCAAAAGAAAGCUCUCAAGACGAGGAAUCCGUGAAGGUCUGGUUUGCAUCAAUCGGAGUAGAGGAAGGCUUCCAAAUCGUCCGAACAGAACGCGACCUCACAGGAACGGAUUUACUCUUCUAAGAAACGAGUUAGCCGGAAAACACCCAUUCUAGGGGCUGUUUUCGUACCAACGUUUAGGGGUUGAGCUAGCACCUUGAAGAGGCUGUUUAACACUCAUAUUUGAGCAAGGAAUCAGUUCCAAAUCCACCUUGACCGAAGCUUUGACCAUUGGACCAAGAAGGGAAAGUUUAAAGCUCAAUUGAGGUUGAGGCUAGAGCUUGCAUCCUGUGCUCGUUGAUCGGGCGAUUCCUCGGAGAGAAGACUUGGUUCGUGCUUCCUCCGUUCUAUUUGAAACAUUAUUAAAUUUGCUCAUGGAUAUUUUACUAUAGAGCCUGCGUGCUCAUGAAUAGCCCUGUGUGGCUCUUUUGUUUUAAAUAAUGUUUUCCGCUGCGUUAUGAAUUACUUAUUAUGUUUGUUUAUGGAUGUAUAUGUGUGAAUGAUAUUCAAGACGCCUUGUAUAAUAUGAAUGUGUUGGACUGCGGUUGACUAUUCAUAUUGUACGGCGGGUUGUUGACGUGUCCGGAUAGGUCCGGGGCGUGACAAGACAAGUAUACAACAAAAGCAAGAAACAACCCGAAUCCAACAAUGGGGUAAAACAGGUCUGUUCGGCUUCUCAAGAUUUCUAUGAAUUCCGGGAGAAUCACAUGCAGAUCUCCUUCCUCCGAUGGUCCAUACAGUUCAUAUAACUUUGAAUACUUGGGAGGGAACAAAAGGUGCGAGGGUUCAAAAACCAAAUGCCCAGAUCGAACUGCAGAAAGGUAGCAUAUUGUGACUGUGUGAAGGAGAGGAGAGCAUUGGGGGAUGAGACUCAUGGGAGAGUAUGAAUUAGGGAAAGUGGUCAAUAGUUCAAUACUUAAAAGGGGGGAGAACUCAGGGAAAGCAGGAAAGUUUGUAAAUACCUAACGUGCAACCCCCUCUUGGGAAGAAAAAAGAACAUGUUAGUGGCAACAGGGGCAUUGCCGAAGCUACCCACCUGAGCGUUGGUAUGUGCCGGUAAAGUUUGUUUACUUUUUACGUAAAAAUGGAUCAAAAAUGAUCUUUGUACCCAUUCUUAUACCCACAUUUGUACCCACCUA